GCGCUGCACAGUCUUCCCGCGCUGGCUUCUGUGACAGCCGGGUGCCCCACUGCGCAUGUGUGCUGUGCUUUGUGAAUGAUCCGGUGUCUUCUGGGACACAUGACAGGUCCCAGAAGGCGCUGGGCCAUUCACAAAGCGCAGUGCUUCUUGCGCAUCUGUGGGCACCCGGCUGUCACAGAAGCUGGCCCGGGAAGGUCUGCAGUCUCUGGUCAGAGGGAAGGACAACUCCGUGGAAGUGGGAGCGGG